CUGUGCGAGAAACCUUGAACACGCCGGCAUGCCGAGACGCGUACACGCGACGCGGUGUUUGAAUAUAUUUGGCGAACCUUCCAACACGUCUCAAACCCGUACCACCACUAUCGAUGGCCCGCAAAGCUGUUGCAGAAACGACGACCGCCGAACCACGGCGCUCAACGCGGAUAUCAUCCCAGCCUGCGCCCAAAGCGAAGAGAAAAGCCGACAGCGAGGGCGGUAGGCCCAAGAAGAAGACGAAAAAGGUGGCGGAAGACACGGACGAAUUACAAGAAAAAGUCGAGCAGCUCCAAAUAGGUUCCUUGCUCACUGGACUGUCGAUAACACUUCCGAACCAAAACGGCGAGGACGUUGAGAUUGGGACGAUUGCCAAGGAGCGGGGCGUGGUGCUCUUCUUGGUGCCCAGGGCUGAUACUCCCGGCUGCACGCAACAAGCUUGCGCUUAUCGAGAUGCGUACGACAAGUUCACUGAGGCGGGAUACGACGUGUAUUGUCUGAGUGCCGACGAGCCAGGGAAGCAGGGUAAAUGGAAGGAUAAGAAAUCUCUGCCCUAUAACCUUCUUUCCGAUCCCAAACGUGUGUUCAUUUCUGCGCUCGGCGCCGGUACCACCAAAACUUCACGAAGUCACUUUGUGUUCGCUAAGGGUGGUGUUAUGAUCGACAAGCGUAUGCCUGUCAAGCCUGCGGAAAGUUUCAAACUGGCCUUGGGCGCUAUCCAGAAAGAGUCUGAGAAGGUCGACGAGAGCGACGAGAAGGAGGAGGAAGAUAAAAAGGACGAAGGAGAGGAUGGGGCAUAGUUUCAGGUAUUAUUUUGGUGUAUCUAUUUCUUGAUUUUCUGUGUUGUGCUUUCGAAUCGGAUUUGUGUAGGUCCUAUACUGGGAGAUCUGUGAGCAUCGAGACGGGCAACGAAAGCCACGGCGGUGAUGUUGACAGCCGCAGUGAUAACUGCGCGUCUUUUCACGCUUUGGUCCAUUGAAGGUCCUCAGAGUCAGGCAAACUCUCGGUCGUCACCGUGUUUUAUGAAGUUGGGAGCCAUGAAGCAGACGGAAAAGAACGGCAAGAGUAGUGCCUUCUGAUACUUGUUGGGUUCUGAGGCAGGAGAUCGGAUGUUACCGUCGGUAGUCUUCAGGCCAGGCCAGACCCUAGUCCUCGAGGCGUGUCAUGCAUAGAUGCCUUCAAACAUCCGUAUCGAUUACCGGCGGCUUAGCAUGUAAAGAAAACGGAAAGACGAUAUAUAGAUGGUUAUGUAGAAUCCAUUUAUCAGAUCCAUAUAUCCCACCCA